UCUUCCCCUCUCAUUUAGCCUGCCGACGCCCUCUCUCCUAUGCAGCGCAUUUACUGCGCCUUAAACUUUUCUCCUUCUUUCUCAAACGAAAACGAAGCAACGAAGAAGCCCAUUCCUCUCCAUUUCUUUCCUUCCGAAAUUUUGAAUCUCAAAUUUUCUCUCCCCGCUCGUUGCUGCUCCGUCGUGCAUCAAGCGGCCCUUCCCCUGCCGUCGCCGACGAACCACUUUACGGCCGCCCCUGCUUCGGUGCUCGCUCGCUUCUCUCUCUUUGGCCUCGUUGCUGCUCCGUCGUUCGUUCCGGCGUUCCCGGGAUCGCAGACGCAGCACGCGGAGGAGAAGCAGGCCUCUUCGAGCUCCCCUCGACGUCGGCGAGCGUCGCCUGCCGAGCGAGAACCCCACACACGGAAGGCUCGCUGGUGCCGUACGCCGCCAGCGUGGUGCUGAGCUGCGUGUUCGCGGGGCUCCGCCACCUUGACCCGAACCGGGAGGCCUCCAAGAAGGCCCUUGAGCACAAGAAGGAAAUCGUAUCGCCCUGCACGGUGUUGGGGAUUUGAGGUUUGGGUGGCUUGGAUGGAGGGUUAUGCAGUGUUUGAUGUGCUUAUGUGGGAGAAUUUGGGAGCUUUUUGCCUUUGGUCAAGUUGUCCUGAGUUUAUGACCGAGAUGAGAUGAUUCGAAUUGCUCGCCACCAGCAAAAUGCUUGUUCCAUAUUUCGUUCGGGGUUUGAUGGGAUUCCGUAUGCCCGUGCCCUAACGGUACUUCUACUACGAUUCUUUGCACGGUCAACCGUAUAGAAUACUUUGCCCAAUGAGGCAGAGCUUAUGUUUUUUUUUAAGAUACUCAUUUUGCUUGAUGUGAGUGAGAUUCGUACUUCUUGCCAUUAAUGCAGGUCAGGUUGACUGGGCAAAAGAAAUAUACAAAUUGAUGGAUGAGUAUAAGAUCAAGGGUACUCCAGAUCUUUACACCAUCGCUAUUAAUAGUUGCAGCCAGACCUGCGAUUGGGAAUUUGCUCUGAGCGUGUACAAUGACAUGAAAAAGAAAGGCGUGGUUCCUGAUGAGAUUUUUCUCCGUGCAUUAAUAGACGUUGCAGGGCAUGCUGGGAGGGUGGAUGCUGCAUUUGAUAUUCUAGAAGAAGCAAGGACUUGUGGAAUGCAUCUUGGAAUUGUAUCAUACAGUUGUUUGAUGGGUGCUUGCAGUAAUGCAAAAAGUUGGGGGAAGGCUUUAGAGCUAUAUGAGGAUAUGAAGUCUAUCGGGAUAAAGCCAACAAUCUCAACAAUGAAUGGUUUAAUCAACCUAUGGUUAUUUCUUUGUGAGACUUUGACCUAGUAUUUAAGUGAUUGAGAGAAGAGGAUCAGCUUAACUUUUUCUACUAGCUUGUCAUGUUAGUAUAAUGUGUACUGUAGAAGCGCAAGGGAAAAUAUUCUAAAUGUAGUUCCUACCAGUAGAAGAGAGUUAAAAUGCUAUCAUGUCUUUUUUAUUCAAUAAAAGAAGACAUGCAGGACUUGUUCUGCAAUGAGAGUAUUGGCUACCCUGAAAUAGAUUUAUUUCUAUUUUGUUUGAAAUACCGAAACUGCAAUGAGACAGCUUUUUUG